GUAACUGGUUGAGUCCGGAAGUCGCUCUGAGCAACAGAAACAUCUUCGGAACAUGGCUGUGCAGAGCUGGAUUGACAUCCUAAGAUUAUCAAAGAAAACGGCUUUGAUACACGAUGGAAAAAGGAAGAUCCACUACCUCUUUACAGAUGGAAAAGAAAUGGCAGAAGAGUAUGACUUGAAAACAGAUGAACUCAUUGUACGGAAGUGGCGUCACAAAAGCACACUUGGAGCUCAGGGCCAGUGGCAGGUAGAGAUCGGGGAGCCUCUCGCUGCUCCUGUCACUUCUUCAGACGCCGAGGUGAUCAAGGAGAACUGCUCCAAUCCCGUGUUCAUGCGUAGAGACACGAAGGCCAGUUUUCAGUGGAGAAUCCGCAACCUCCCCUACCCCAAAGAUGUCUUCAGUGUUUCAGUGGAGCCGUCUGAGAGAUGCAUCAUCAUAAAAACCUCAAACAAGAAGUAUUAUAAGAAGUUCAGUGUUCCUGAUUUAGAUCGCAGUCAGCUGCCAUUGGACAGCUCCGCCCUCAGCUUCACUCACGCCAACAACACUUUGAUUGUCAGCUACAAGAAACCCAAAGAGAUCUUAACCCUUGAGCAGGAGCUGCUGAGGGAGCUGAAGAAACUGAAGGGGACCGGUGAAGGGGACGUCGACUGCAAAACUCAGUGAAUUCUGACUGUGGGAGCGAGAGAGUAAUUCUGCGUCGCAUUUAAAGCAGAACCUCCCGGCGUCAUUUUCCAGUCACAUGUGAGCUCUCGUUCUUUUGUGAAUCCCGUCGUUAAGAAUUUGCUUAGUGCCUUUUGCGCAGUCCGAUGCUUCUCAUUAUGUUUACUAAUUAAGUUCUAUUUAUCAGAGUUAUUACUGCUGAAAUCUGUCCUGCCAUUUAUAUUUGAUUCACACAAAAUCAGUAAAACAUAUCGCAUCUUUUGCAGUCAUCCAGAUUUAUAAACUUUGCAACUGAGCCAUGAGUGUUUUUUUUUCCAAAUUGUUUUUUUCACACUAAAAUCAUUUUACAACUUUUAUAAAAAAUCUUUGUCAGAAAAUUGAAAUUAUUUCACAACAUCAGUAUCUAUUCUUACUUCUUAUAACAUGUUGUCCGUCUCCCACCGAACCCAGUGGGCUCCAAUUUUGAUGGGGGUCACAUAACCUACCCACCCUCCUUUCAUUGAUGUCCUUGUAAAACACUCAAAACACACAAUGCCCCAUCCCUGUUCGUUCCGGGGUCACUGUUACGAGCACAUCCCAUUUGUGUUAACUGAAUACCUUCAUGUUCCUUGCAUGUAGCGGGCCACCCUGAAAGCCAUUACUGAGGCUUUUGGUGACCGUGCAGGCUUGUGUUACUGUUUCCCUUUUAUUUUUUUUACACCAGAGGGUCACUCUGACUUUGUGGUCUCCUGCUUAAACUGCAUAGACACAAACAGUUGCAGGACUUUUCUUCCAAAUGGAUUUGAUGUUGUUGUCUUAACAGCGUCAGAUAUGAAGUUAACAUUUCACAUCUUUUGUGUUUGGAAUUCUGUGUGUGUGUGUAUAUAUAUAUAUAGGACAUUUUCAGGACGAAAAAAAAUGUAUAGCUGCUUCAAAAUUGCGGAUUUGUCUACUUUUUCCACCAACUUCUAUUAAGAGAAAAUGCUGUCCAGUCAGAAAUACUUAGACAGUGGAUAUAAAAAACAACAGUGCUGUUUGAAGGAGACAAUGCCAUUUAAAUAUAGAUUGUUUCAACCUUG